AUGACCCAGGAUGCUGUGACAGCCCGGAGCGCCCAUAUCCCGAGACGGAAUGGUGUCACACGGGGUCACAUCGUGUCACCGCAGAACUCGGGUCACUCUCCCACGGGAUGUGGCACCCGGGGGACCCAGCACAGCCGCUGCCACCUGCGAAGAGCAUCCCCAUCGCUGCCGGGACCCAACGGCGGAGUACAGAGGCCGGCUCGCCCCGCACCCCUCAUCGAGCCCCGGCCGCGAUGCGAUGCGCCCGGUGCGGCACGGCGGCGGCGGGGGGGGCGCCCGGUUACAUCAGCCGCCACGUGGUGGCUGCUCCGCCGUUCCGCCGCCCCGCCCCGGCACAUGCCCGUGGAAAAUUACCGCCGGCCCCCCGGCCCCGCCACCGGGCCGGUCAGCCCCGCUCCCCGCCGCCCCCCCUCCGGUCCUCGGGCACCGCGCAGGGCGGCCCCGCGCCGCCCCUGCUCCGGGAAAGCAACAGAUGCGGGACCGCCCCGCAUCCCGCUGCCGCUAUCCCGACGCCGGGGCCGCUCCCGGUACCGAUCACGGUGCCCCCACCCCGCUCGGCCCCUCCGCCUCCCCCGGCCCCACGGCUUCCCCCGGCCCGACCGCCGCCCCCGGCCCCGCAACCGCCGGAGCGCCGCGCCGGCACAACCCCGCGCUCCCAUCGCGGUUCUCCCGCUGCCACCGGGCCGAACCGAGCAACCGAUGCCGGAGGUGCGCACCCUUACCGUGCCCAUGCCGCCGCCCGGCCCUUCCCGCCGCACCGGGUGGGCCCACGGAGGCGCCGCCGCGCCGCGCCCGGACAGCAGCCGGUACCGAUACCGGUGA